UGCGCACACACAGACUCUCUCUCUCUAUAAAUAUAGUACAUAGUAAAUUGUUAUCCCCACUUUCUCCUUUCAUUUUCUUCUUCUCUUCUCUUCUCUGUACUCAACUCAUCACUUGUUUGCAUACACACACACACAAUGUCGGCUUACACAGACCAGGAUCCUCGUCUUCACGGCAUCAAAACUCAAAUUCGUGUCGUCCCCAAUUUUCCUAAAUCCGGUAUCAUGUUCCAAGACAUUACAACUCUGUUGCUGGAUCCCAAAGCUUUUAAGGACACAAUUGAUUUGUUCGUUGAACGUUAUAAGGGCAAAAAUAUUUCUGUUGUUGCAGGAAUCGAAGCUCGAGGAUUUAUUUUUGGUCCUCCCAUUGCCCUGGCAAUAGGAGCAAAGUUUGUACCCCUAAGGAAACCGAAGAAGUUGCCUGGCAAAGUAAUAUCUCAAGAAUAUAUUCUGGAGUAUGGAAGGGAUUGUCUUGAGAUGCAUGUUGGAGCUGUUGAAGCUGGUGAACGUGCUAUUGUGGUUGAUGAUUUGAUUGCAACUGGUGGAACACUUGGUGCAGCUAUGGAUUUACUAGAACGUGUGGGAGCAGAAGUAGUUGAGUGUGCAUGUGUCAUUGAAUUACCAGAACUUAAGGGUCGUGAACGUUUGAAUGGGAAACCCUUGUACGUGUUGGUGGAAUACUUUGAUAUUUGAGGUCCCGUUCGACCCAUACAAUCAAGUUGUGGAUUUGGGAGAUGACAUUUAGUCGACAAUUUCACAUUUGGAGUCCCAUCCAUUCUUGCUUGUAGUAUGAACAAUCAAAUCGAUUCAACUAAUUAAUGAAUUUGUAUGACCUACCA